UGUCGUCAGAAUCUUGGCCAUCUGAGACGUCGCUUCUCCUUUCCAUCUAGUAGCACCCGCGCACCGGCCUGCACGCUCUCUCUCUCUUUUCCCUCACCGACCGCGACGACAACCACGACGACGACAACAGUCGCAGGGUCUGCAGAAGCAACCGCCCUGCACGUGACUAAAGCCUCACCGACAGGCGGUCGUGCCCAACGACCCCUGCCUGGGCUUCCGUCGACACGCCCCGACCCGACCGGCCGCGCGCGUCGCCACCUGAAGACGUCCCGAACCAUGUCCCUCGAUCCGUCAACCUCUCUUUCGGCAUGGCGACCUAUCCGUCUUUUCCGCCGCGGCUGACGUCGACCGUGUCUUCGUGUUCCUCGCUCACCGAGAUGAACACGCGCCACCGCAAACUGCAUCUCCUUGUCGCCGCCACUGGCCCGCGCGACACCUCCUGGGCGCAGGCCCUCGUCGUGCGCCUGUCCAAGAAUACGCAGAUCGAGACGAGGGCCAUUGUUGAUGACGUUGUCCCGCGCCUGACGCAGACCAUCAUCGUCAUGGAGAACCGCACCCUGACGCCCGGCCAGGGCGACCGCGCCGACGACAUCGAAUUCUACAGGCAGCAGGCCUAUGAGCUGGUCGAGUGGGCGGACCUGAUGGUGUGCGUGCCGCUCGACGCCGACGGCAUCGCCAAGCUGCUUGCAGGCAUCGCCGACACCUUUUUAGGCGAGGUGCUUCGGGGAUGGAACCCCCAGAAGAGCGUGGUGCUCGUCCCGGGCAUGAGCACGCACAUGUGGUCGAACCCCAUGACGAAGCGCCACCUGAGCAAGCUGUAUCGCAAGUGGAAUUGGAUUCGCGUCAUGACGCCGAUCUUGUGGCAUUACGAGGGCGCGCCGAACCCCAAGCGCGUCCCCAAUUGGAACGGCUUCAACGAAGUGCUGGGCAUUAUCAAGAACCAGGCGGACCUCCUGGGGCUCGGGCGCGACGUGGAGAUUGCUACCAGCGCUCCCCUGGUCUCGGAUAGCGACGUCAAGAUACAGGCCAAGCUGCCACCCGAGAUAUGGACCCUUGUGCUGGACUAUGCAGGCGACUGGGAGCUUGCCAAGGCCCUCGGCAUGUACACAAACCUGCCCAUGCCGCAGCCGUGGUGCCUCGAGCCUAAAGAUCCGACCGAUCCGCUGAAGGUGUACGAACACGAGCUGGAAUGGACCGUGCUCACCUGCAACUCGGCAGCCAUCUGCAAGAAACUGUCGCAGUCGCCGCCCAAUUUCCAAGACAUCCCGGCCCUCGUGGUGAAGCUCGUCAUCCGCUUUGCGCUGAUCGAGGUGCUGGAGUACAUGGAGAACAAUCGACCCGACCUGUUCAAGGCUUUUGACGGCACAACGCUGCCUUCGAAUGCGUCGGCGUACUACCCGAGGACCGACGUCCUCGACUACUGGAAGCAAAGCAGGUGGUUUCGGGACAAGCACAUCUACGACGCCGAGGCUGUCGAUGGAGCAUCCAAGAACGGUCACGUGCGGAUCCUGGACUGGUGGUGGCGACGGUCCGGCCUGCCAUUGCGAUAUACCGAAACGGCUCUGGAACAGGCCAGCGGAAGGGGGCACCUGUUGGUCCUGGAGUGGUGGCGCGAUGCGGCGGCCCAAGACGACAGCAUCGUCCUUCGACCGGGCCGGUCUCUGCUGUGGGCGACCCAACACGGGCAAGCCGACGUGCUGCGUUGGUGGGACGCAUCUGGCAUCCCGGUGGCCCAUGGCGAUAGCGUGGCCAAGGUGGCGAGCCGCUGGGGCCGGGUCAACGUGCUCGAAGCGUGGAGGCGGCUCAAGGGAGACAACAAGCUCGUCUUCGACCCCGAGGUGCUCAUCAGCUCCACAAUUCACCAGCACGUCGAGGUGCUCGAGUGGUGGCGCAAGUUUGCCCACGGCGAGCUCGAGGGCAUGGACGGACGCAAGCAGCCCGUCGAGUUUCGCACCUGCAACAUUGAAGAGGCCCUCGAAGACAGCAUCGGCGACCAGAGCAAGGCGCGCAAGUGGUGGGCGCAGUACGGCCUGGACUUGCGCAUGAGGAACGAGGAAUGGCUUCAGACGCGGUACCUGUGAUGACUGGUCUGGGGCCUCGCUUGUUGGGGAUGAGGGGGGCGAGAGAGACCACGAGAGCGUACCGAGGGGGCUCGCUCACCGGACACGGCGUUCUUGGGUGGACAGUGCAUGGCUACUGCUUUCCGACAUCUGCGUGGCGCAAUGGGUUGAGGAGUUUUGUUCACUUGAUCCAAGCUGGGUCGGGGUUUUAGACAGUUCAGACCGACAGCCGCGCAGCUGGGCCGCCGCGGGCAGCAUUAAAGCACAUACAUGAUGAUUACCGACGUACCGUGCCGUCCCUUGCCCGCGGCACAUUGUUCAUUCGUGGUCGUGACGCAACGCCGCCCCGCGCUCCGCGACAGGAGAGUCGCGCGGGCCACAACGGCCAGCAUCGGCAGGGGUCUCUCGUCUUCUCGGUAGUAACUGGGCGCGUGGGGACGGGGCGGGCGGGCGGGCUCAUGGAAGGGAAUAAUUAAAAGCAUGGCCGCCGGGAUCUGACCCAUCUCCGUGCCAUGACACGCCAUUGGGGGUGAGGAAAUAAAAUCAGGUCGGGCCAGCUGCCAGCAUCACGAGGGGAGUCGCGCGAGCCUCAGCCAAGCCAAGCCAGCGCAUUGCAUGAUGCGUCCAUGAUGCAUCCUCUCUAACCCCCCCUCCCUAAUGGGGAAAGAGAGAAAGAAAGAAGGAAAAAAGCACGCAUCGCAAGGUACUUAACGAAACAUGAUGCGACACAUGUACAUACCCCCGGGAUAUGUGUGUUUGCUACGGCUACUGCUUCUUCUUCUCCUACCGGGAGGACGGCACCGCACUGGCCACUUACACACACACACAACACACACACAACACACAACACAACACACACACAAGCGCACACCCGGGUUCCGUGACCACGGCACCGGGAGAGAUUGAGCGAGAGAGAGAUAGCAGGGGGGGGGAUGGUUAGUUGGUAUGUACAGUAU